AUGAUGAAGCCUAGACGUCGACUAGCAUUGUGUUCAGAUAAUUAUGCCGAUUAUUUACAUGCAACGAGUCAAUAUACACCAAGUAAAUCGAUUGGAGGUACAGCGAAUAUAACAACAUAUCAUAUUUGUUAUAUAAGUGAUUCAAUUUCAAAUAUAAACGGAGUUAUUACUAGUCCAAAUUUUCCAAGUUACAUGCAAGUAAAUAAUGAAUGUAGAAGAAGAAUUCAGGUUAUAAAUGAUAGAGUACUAAAAAUUUGGAUUGAUGAAAUAGCUAUAUCAAGUGGUGGCCAAAAAUGUCUAUCUGAAAAUUCCGAAGAACCUGAUUUGGUUAUUGAUAAAAAUCGUGAUGCAACCAAUCUACAUAAUUUAGAACAAAAGCAUCCGUCGAUGUGUGAGAUUUGUACAGAUCAGAGGUGCCAACCUGGCCACCUGCUAGGCCAGGCAAAUAACGACCAAGCCACCAGACGAGGCCAGGCUAACCUGUCUAGCCUGCUCAAAAUUGACUUUGAAUGA